AUGCAAUUCUCUUUAGCCGUUCUCCUGGUUGCGUCGGUCUCCUCAGCCGCUGCCUGGAAUCUUACUACUUUUACCGACGACAAGUGUACCCAAUCGACCGGCUGGAAGCUCAGUCUGGCCGGCGGCAUUGGCUGUAUCUCGCUGCCCGAGACAGUGAGUUCGAUUCUGGUCGAGGAAAUGUCCGAUGAGUUCCGGUUCAUUGGCUCGAGCGGAUACGCCUGUGAUACUUUCCAUCAGUCGGGUGGCAAUGGCUGCUACACCCAGUCACAGGGAUUCCAAUCUGUUCAGCAACUAGAAAUGCACUGGGGAAACAUUGGAAGAAAGGAGGCGAUUGUUUGA